AUGGAGGCUGGGUCAAAAGUACAAGGUGAAGCAACUCCUCGUUCAGAUGCUAGCCCAAAUAAUAUAUUGAGAUUACCUACAAAAAAGAAUGUUCACGUAUUUUUCGAUAUUUCGAUUGGAGGAACUCCAACAGGAAGGGUAGUGUUUGAGUUAUUUACGGAGAUUGCUCCACUGACAUCUGAAAACUUUAGAGCACUUUGUACAGGUGAGAAGGGUAAAAGCCCAAAUGGGGUAGAUCUACAUUACAAAGGAUGCAGAUUUCACAGAAUUAUUCCAGAAUUUAUCUGUCAAGGAGGCGAUAUAUCUUCGUACAAUGGUACGGGGGGAGAGUCAAUUUACGGAGCCACCUUUGAUGAUGAGAAUUUCGCAUUAAAACAUAAUUCUGCAGGAUUAUUGUCUAUGGCUAAUUUUGGCCCAAAUACAAACUCUUCCCAGUUCUUUAUUACCACUAUUCCAUGCCCUUGGCUGGAUGGAAAACAUGUCGUUUUUGGUAGAAUCUCAACAGGUGCUGACGUCAUAGCUAGUAUGGAAAGAUUUGGAUCUAGUAACGGAAAGACUAGUGUUUCCGUAGUUAUCGCAGAUUGUGGACAAAUUUAA